AUGAACACUUGGACCUCCUUUGAAAACAACUACGAUGUGCGGCACCUAGUUUUUCGUGAUGACGUGUCCACCACCUACACCGCGCGUCGGAAAAGCGACGGCAAGACUGUUGCAGCCCGUAAAUUCCUGCUCUUCCUGUUGGGGCCCACAGAGCGCCUCGCAGUGGACAACGAGAUCUCUAUCUUGCAGAAAAUCUCGCACCCUAAUGUUCCUGCCUACAAGGAGAUCCGCUUCUCCAACGAUUCGAAAAUUAUGUAUGUUAUUACAGCUUAUGUACAAUCGGAAACACUCGCCUGUCUUAUCAGCGAUGCACGUGAACGGGGUACACAUAUUGAGGAAAAGACUAUCUGGGGCUUUAUAGCUGACCUUUUAGAUCUGUUGCAGUUCAUCCUUUUGCCGCACAAGCAAUACUUUGCGGAUGAUGAGCACAUUGACUUUAUUUCUCUAGAUCCACGAGAAAUAAUGGUGGACAAGAGCAAAAAGCUAUACGUCAGAUCCUUUACGUAUGCUCGGAAUGAUGGGCCAGAACAGAUAGUGGAAAAGACCUCACUCUACGACUGCUAUGUCCCAGGGGCAUCAUUUAGUACCAUAGAACAGCGUAAUCUCUAUCUAAUCGGUCUCCUUAUAUAUGAACUGUGUCUUCUUACUCCAUACAACUAUUAUUCGCCUAUUGGCCCAUGGCCAUCCUGUCCUGCAGAGCAGGUCUUUUUUCCUCUACAUACCCGCGAACUGUGCACGCUAUGUAAAAGCUUGCUUGACAUAACCAAGAAGCCACGCUUGGGACUCUCUGAUUUAAUCGACAUGCCCCAAAUUCGCGACGUUCAUCCAACUUUUGCCGCUGAGGUUGCAGAGUCCCUUAAUCAGCAGACUGAGCUGAUCAGCUCUCGAUAUAACACUGAUUGUGAGAGUUUUCUAACACGUGGGCCCUCGUAUCUCUCUGCUCUAAAGCAUAAUGCUUCGGAUUGCUCCCUUGCUGCCGAGGACACCACUCCGCAAGGCAUUGAUAGGGGAAGCGUGGAUCUCCAUAAUAUCUUUACGGCUCCUAUUGAAUCGCUUUCAGUAAAUAGGAACGCCAAAUCUACCCCAGAACCGGUAUCUACCUUGGCACCAAAAUCAGCACGGCCCGCAAGUCCGUCACGGAUCCUUGUGGACACGGGUCAACUAACUCCCAUCCUUCCUCGCCAAUACCUAGACGAAUCUAAGAGAUCUGCUUCUUCUCCACCGCACCCCAAGAGGGAACAUCGGCAGUUCGAGUACCUUGCAAAUUAUCCGUUCAUUAAGAAACCGUCAUAUCAGAUUGUUGACACCCCUACGACGCUCAUGAAAGCAGCCAUUGCCGGUGACGAGGAUCUUGCUAGGCUUUCUAUUAAUGAUGAAGCAGGCUGUGCACUGAAAACAGGGGAAACUGCCCUCUACUAUGCAUUGCUGCAUAGGAAUUAUCAGAUUGCAGAUAUGUUGUUGAAUAUAGAGGGAGUUGCAGUCAAUGACGACACCUUCUCUGAGUCAGUUGUACGUAAUCAAGAGCGUGCGUUUAUCUACGGCGACGAUCGCACACCACUUAUUAGCGCAGCAAUGGCUAAUGACUUGAUUGGUGUAUACUCUUUGAUCCCUUUUUAUGCACGCUUCCAGGACGCACAAGGAAAGACUGCUCUUAUGCAUGCAAUUGAACAUGGACACUCGGAGGUGGCGUGUCUCCUUGCUCGCUCUGAGCACGGUCUAGUUGAUAGUAGUGGAGUGUAUGCAACACUCUUUUCUAUCUUGCACAACAAUCCUGUUGUGUUUAAGGCGCUUUACAUUAAGGAGUCGGGUCUUUUGAAAGGAGACGGCUUCACACCGUUGAUGAUUUCUGCAGCGUUGGAUGGCAAGGCGUCUAUUUCAUCUCAAUUGCAACGCUACAAAGCAAUGCGUACAAAGAGGGGCCUGACUGCCAUGAUGGUAGCGGUGCACUGCUCAGAAAACCUCGAUAUACUGCAUGAAUUGGUCAAGCAUGAAGCAGGAAUUAGAGAUGAGAAAGGCGAUACAGCUCUCAUGCACGCCAUUCGUGCUAGAAAGGAGCCUGCAGUGCGGCUCUUGGCAAAGUUUGAGGGGACACUGGCAGAUGCCUCCGGCAAAACAGCCUUGAUGCGUGCUGCACUUGAGGGCUUUUCACAGGCUAUACCCUUAUUACAAUCUCAAGCCCGAAAAGCUGAUAACGAGGGAAAGACAGCUCUCAUGCACGCAAUAGAAUCCGGAAAUAUUACAGCCGCUGCAAUGCUAGCAACCAUGGAAGCGGGGGCACGAGACUCAUCUGGCGAAACAGCGCUCAUCAAAGCACUCAGAUACGAGCUUCCAGCGAUCGCCAAGCUGCUUAUUCCGCUAGAGACAAAGUAUACCGAUCUUUCCGGCAAUUAUGCAUCAAGACAAGCAAUCCUGCAAGGAAAUCGGGCCCUACUGGAGCUUCUUGUCCCACACGAACUGGAGCUUCUUUACAACGAUGGAUUCACUGAGCUUAUGAUUGCAGUAGCGUCUUUCAACAUGACAAUAGCAAGGAAAUGCCUGUUUCGUGAUGUUAGCAGGCAGACUAAAAGCAGCCUCACCGCUCUUAUGAUCGCUGUGCUCGUAGGAAACAAGCAGGUUAUUCCGUUCUUAUUAGAAGAGGGCCACCUAGUCGAUGAAACUAACCAGAAAGCAGUUGACUAUGCGCGUAGGCUCAACGAAAUAGAGGUUAUUAAGCUAUUAGAUGAGGGAGCCGAAAUAGAUCUAUUCACAAAGGAGUCACAAUCACUCAACAAAACCCAAGCAGCCGACACAGACCAAAUACAUCGAAGCAGUGUUUUGAUAACGGGCUAUCAAAAUUCUGGGGAGGACAGACUUUCAAUUGGUGUCAUUAAAGAAGAAAGCCAACCACAUACUCUUUCCCCUAGAAAUGAGCACUUAUCACAUAUGGUCACAGCAACACCACAAGCACUAGUUUCGAUGGAAAGGACCGCUACUCAUGCAGGUACUAUAUGUUCUUUCUCAUCAUCCACAGAGCUUCUGAAACCAAUACGGUCGCCACCAACUGCUAGAUCUGCAAAUACAAGCGUUCUUUCCAAUGGAUCUACGGGUAACAAAUCCUUUAAUUCGCUUCGACGUACUAUUGAAAUGGACAAGAGGUAUGAUGGAUAUGAGCCGGAGGCUCGACGAAGUAGUGCCAGACUACCGAAACGGCCCAUCUCAGCCGUUCCUACAAAACCUGUCCCGACAGCUAACCCAUGGGGGGCAACAACCAUUGACUUUACAACGCUGUCGCUGGAAAUGGACUCCGUAUCAAGCGAUUUUCCGGACGCAACAAGGGUUCAGAGCCCCGGAAUGGAUAUGGCCGACUUAUCCUGUGAGGAGUUUGCUAUCCAGAAGACAGCCGAUGCGCAACAGGCAAAGAUGAUCCCCGUGGAUAAACCUGGUUGCAAUCCUCUGCUCUCUGCGGUCUUGACGAAUGAUGUAGCCGCCUCGGCAAGAAAUCUUAACUAUUCCGGUGCUCAGUUCGGUAAGUCCAAGAAAACUGCACUCAUAGUGGCUGCUGAUAGGGGCAAUACAGAGAUUGUUCGCCUGCUGGAGCCCCGUGAGGCAGGUCAGGCCACCACCUCUGGUUGGACUGCACUCAUGCGGGCUGCAGUACACAACCAUGUAGAUUGUGUUUCUAUUUUGAUGAAAAAGGAGGCUGGAUUGCUCAAUCACAGAUCAAUGUCUGCGCUAAUGAUUGCAACGGAACUAGGUCACAUAGAGGUCGUCUCUCGGCUGGCCCCCCUGGAAGCUGGCUUGAGGAAUGCAAACUACUACACGGCCCUCAUGCUUGCUGCAAAGCGCGGGUAUACAGAAAUUGUUGAGAUUUUAGCGCCACACGAGGCCAACUACACGCGCAGCAACGGGGCAACUGCCUUGAUGUAUGCGAUACAGAAUAGGCACACCAGCUGCGUACGUAUCUUGGCUGACUAUGAAGCUGGAAGGCGUCUAGAUAACGGGUGGACUGCGCUGAUGAUGGCAGCCCAAAAUGGCUUCCUCGACGCAGUGGAACUCCUCAAGAGCUAUGAAGGAAAAAUGCAAAACGUCAAUGGCUCAACGGCGCUCAUGUUGGCUGCACAAAACAAGCGACUAGCGGCAGUAAAAUUGCUGCUGAGCACAGAGGCAGCGAUGACAAAUUGCCAGGGAGCGACCGCACUCAUGAUGGCUUCUGAAAAUGGAUCUGUCGCUAUCUGUCAAAUGCUGGAGCCAUGUGAACGGGGAAUCAUGACAAACAACGGCUCUACCGCCCUUAUGUUUGCAGCAAGGGCUGGCAAUACAGAGAUAGCCUCUCUCCUUUUGAACUCUGAAGCUGGUAGGCAGUCAGGGGUGGGGCACAGCGCCUUGAUGUUAGCAGCUCAAGCCGGUGCUAUAGAGGUUUGCUCCCUCUUGCUCAAAAAGGAGCAAUGUCUACGCACGCAGGACGGCACAACCGCGCUCAUGAUGGCAGCCCGUGCAGGGCAUCACACGAUUGUUGAACUGCUUGCCCCUCAUGAAGCUGGAGCGCGACGAAACGAUGGGGUAACGGCGCGAAUUAUUGCUCUGAGUAAGGGACACGCAGCCUGUGUGCAGCUCCUUGAACGGUUUGAACCGUAA